AAGAAAUUUUUUUUUUUUUUAUAUCAAGUGUAAGUGAAUAAUAAAAAAACCAAUAUGUCAUUAUUACCAACUCUAUUUUCUCACUGGUGGGAAGACUUGGACCGUCCUCAUCGUCUGUUCGACCAACAUUUUGGUACAUCACUGAGUCCCCAAGACCUGACACGCGUCUACGAGGAACCGAGCAUCCUGGUGCUUCGCAAUCCAAGACGUCAUCUUCACCACAACUACCACCCGUACGAGAAGACCAUCGCCCGGAGAUCCGGCGGCUCAUCAGUCUUACAAGCAGACAAAAAUAAAUUCCAAGUCAACUUGGACGUCCAGCAGUUCACUCCAGAGGAGAUAAACGUCAAAGUAGUCGGACGUCACGUCAUCGUCGAGGGCAAGCACGAGGAGAAGCAGGAUGAGCACGGCUGGAUCUCUCGGCAGUUCUGUCGCAAGUACCUCGUGCCGGAGCAGUGCGACCUGGAGCAGCUUCAGUCAAAUCUGUCGUCUGAUGGAGUCUUGAGCGUCGUCGCUCCCCGCAAGAAGGCUCUGGAGGAUAAAAAUGAACGGGUUAUUCCUAUUACUCAGACAGGACAACCAGCUAUCACCUCCGAGUCCAAAUCUGAAGCUUCUGGGUCCAAGGAGUCUUCAAGUCCUGCUAAAGCUGUCACUCGCGCUCAGGACAAAGCUUCUAAAACUGUCAAGGCUGCUUAAAUACUUAAGUCUUCAUUUUUUUCUUUUACAUUUAAUGUAAAUUAAAUCAUUCAUGUUCACUUUAGUUGUAUUACUAUAUUUAAAUUUAAAAUAUUAUUAUUAUACUUAGUAAUUUAAGAGUUUAAAAAUAAAAGUAAAGUUUUUUCGUGUUGAACUGAUGUAAACUUUUUUAUAAUUAAAAUAAGUUUUUAAUAAAAAGAGUAU